ACGGAAAUGAGCGAAGGCACUCUCUGUAGGUGCAGACAUCAUGGUUGGGUUAGUCUCCUGGCUUUCAGCAGUUGUAAUUAGAAAUGCUGUAAAACCGGUAUAUCUGUAAGCUAUUUCCAGUCCGUAACAGACAAACCUUGGGCCAUGGCUCAGAGGGAACUGAAGGAGGCAUUUGUCAGCAAUCUCAAUGGGACCAGCCUGGAGGAGGUGGCCCUGGGCUCGUUCCUCUCCCCAGUGUGUGUUGUCAACAGAGGGCUCUUUUUGAUACUUUACUAUCAAGCCAAAGGAAAACUGCCACUACCACACCCUCUGUUUUCUCACCUGCUUCUAGACCUCUGUGCUCUCAUUGUACCCCUUGUCCUGUCGUGCACUGUUCUGAGUAGCGUUCUUCACCAGGUCGCCGUGAGCCUGACCUUUUUUUCGGCUUGUGUGUUCUGCUACAUCUGCCGUGGGUGCCCGAAGAACACUGUCAGCGCCUUCCUGCAGAGUCACGUUGAAUUCAACCAGGUUCCCUUUGUGACUCUCUUCAGGGUGUUUGUAAAUGUCAAAACAGCCAUCAGCAUUCUGGCUGUAGACUUCAGUGUCUUCCCAAGACGAUAUGCUAAAACGGAAACCUAUGGCACAGGGGUUAUGGACUUUGGAGUUGGAGCGUUUAUCUUCGCAAAUGCCCUGGUGUGCCCUGAAGCACGGAGGAGGAACAUCUCAGGGUCCAAGAUGAGUCACGUUGCAAAGCAGCUCCUGUCUGUCUGGCCCCUGGUUGCUCUUGGCAUGGGGAGGCUAGUGAGUGUCAAAAUGACCAGCUACCACGAGCAUGUGACAGAAUACGGCGUCCACUGGAAUUUCUUCUUCACACUAGCCAUCGUCAGAGUUGUGGCCUCUGUGCUUUUAGUUGUUUUACCGACCAGUCUGCUGUGGAUCUUUGCCCUUCUGAUCAGCGGAUUUUAUCAGUUCACUCUGGAGACUUCAGGGCUCAAAGCUUUUAUCAUUCACAACAGUGACAGAGAAAAGGACUUUCUGCACGCUAACAAAGAGGGCCUGUUCUCUAUAUUGGGCUAUGUGGCCAUCUACCUGACAGGAGUUCAGAUUGGACUUUAUGUGAUGCAGCCACGAGCCAACGUUAGAGAGUGGCUCAGAGCACUCGUUAGCCUCUUGUUGGGAAGUUUCGCCCUGUAUGCUGCUUUGCACGCAUGUCAGACCCUUGUGGAACCAGUCUCUCGCCGCUUGGCCAAUUUCCCUUUCUGCCUCUGGAGUGUCGCGCAGUCCUUGUUUUUCCUGUCCUGCCUCGGUUUGGCUGAUAUAAUUCUGUUGUUUUCUAAAAGAGCAUCCGGCUGUCACUUUGUUCCUUCGUCAUGGAAUUUGUACAAAAAGCACUACGACGGUGACAAAAAGAGCGGUGAAAUAGGGAGGCUGUGCCUCAUUCAAGCUGUCAGCAGGAAUCAGCUGCUGUUUUUCUUGCUUGCCAAUGUCAUGACAGGAUUGACCAACUCAGUUGUGGACACGAUUAGUUGUAGCACUUAUUUUUCACUGUGUCUUUUGCUGCUUUACAUGUUCAUAAAUUGUUUUGUGAUAUAUGUAUUACAUUUCUAUGGAAUUACAGUCAAAUUCUGGUAAUUCUGUGGACUGAAAAGGAUUUGUGUUAUUUUAAAGGUUGUUUAAAUGUCUGUUACUGCUGGAGUGACAUUUGGCCCCUUGAAUAAAGCUCAACUCCAUCACAGUUGUUUCACUGUCAAAUCUGACUGUCAAAAUGAGCUAAAAUUAUGGCCUAACCCUCAAUGUAACAUGCAGCUAUUAACCACCUGUUUCUUUUUCUCGCAGUAAUGUUCUACUCAAAUCUCAGUGGUUGUUCUAGUUUAUACAACGAAAUAUGACAAUAAAAUCUAUGCUUUGUUUAAUCAUUUUAAAAUUA